GGCACGAUAGUUCCGCACCAGAAACUAGUACUCUUACGGCAAAUCGAGAUUACAAUAUUUAGUCUGUGGGAAGACAAAAUACAAAAUACGGUACAAGGGAACGUGCUGAAGUUAAUCCCAGAGAGGAAUAAGAAAGAACAAACUGCAACUCCCAAUAAUUUCCAUAGAUCUUUAUCGAAACCAAGUUCAAAGCCUCCGAGUAGACGGUCAUAUGGAAACCAAAAAACAACAUUGUUAAAAAUAAGAACAUUCAGAAUGAACUUUCAGCGACCAAGAAGGAGUAGCCGGCGAUAUGCKGGCGACAGAGCCAUCGGAACCGAGGCGGUUGCCAACCUUUCUAGUAUGAAACAAAGAAGAUCGGCAGAUGGGACAUAUCUACGCCGGCGUUAUGCAACUAUUGCCGUCGGUCUCGUGGUGGUGAUCGGUGUGAUCAUUUUUGCCGUGACUAGUACGAAGGCGAAGGACGAACUUCCAGUCAGCGUGGCGGAGAUCACGGAAAAAGUCAUUUCAGAGAUUACACACAGUCACACGGAUUCUUACGAAUUGUUGACUAGCCAGAGUUAUAGCGAUGCGAACUCUACAAUUGGCGUCAACUCUACACUAGCAGUUUAUGAACACAAAAAGUCAGGCAUAGAUAUUGUAACAAUGAUUCCCAUUGAUCCGUAUCAAGAUGCGACUUUUGGUAUCAAUUUCAGAACGCCUUCGGAAAGAGAUGAUGGGGCACAAUAUGUUGUGAAAAAUGCUGUGUUGGCGGGCUCAGAGAAUUACCCCGUCAAAGAUCCCCUUAAUCAAAUGAAGCGUGGGUCUCUUCAAACCUAUUCGGAUUCUUGGAUCGAACGAGAUCGCACUUCGUUUGUGAUGGCAUCAAGAAACUUGGCCGACUUUCGAAACAAUUUAAAGGUGACUGUCGAUGCUGUAUUCAAUCCACUUUUCAUCAAGGAUGAACACAAAUGGAUAUACCGUCAGGAAGGAUGGAGGUUAGAAUCUCCAGACAAUGUCAAUUUGCUCAUCAGUGGGUAAGACAAAUAAUACUCUGUCCAUAGUGUGACGGAGAGCUGCAAUUUUACUUUCUUGUUUCGGAUGAUGUGAAUUCAGACUAAAUUCCAGUAUGUAAUAUUCAUCUCUCUCUGAAAUGCACUCACCAAUUUUCUACCUCUCCCCUCCCUACCUUUUCCCGUUCCUUCAGAAACGCAUACGUGGAGGCCAAGGCAGCACAAAUGAACCCGGAAGAGGUUAUGAUAAAACACAUAUAUAGCAACCUCUUUCCGGGUCAUGUAUACGGCAAGAAUCCGAAGGGAGAAGCUUCAGAAGUCGUAACAAUGACGUACCAAGAGGUCAUUGCAUAUUACGAAACCUACUACCAUCCAUCUAAUGCACAAGCGUUCUGCUACGGUAGUCAGGAAUUUAUUGACGUCUGCUUGAACGAAUUGGAUGUUCAAUUGAGUGAAUACGAAAAUAAUACGUCGGUUGGAAAUCAUUCCCAGAUACCAUGGCAAGAGUUGACAGAAGUCGAGGAGCAAAUUAAAAACAUUACCUAUCCCGAUUAUCAAGAACAAGUCGAUUAUCGUUCGGUCAUAGCAUGGAUCCUCAAUGACGAGCCUAUGGACCUCCGUACCCAAAUCGCUUGGCAGUUGAUCUACGAGUUGCUGGCAGGCUCGAAUACUGCACUUGUACCAAAAAUUAUUUUCGAUUCCAACCUGGGGACCGAUAUUGUGACACACUUCCAGCAUUCGCUUCAACAAUGGGUCUUGGCACUAGGCGUGAGUGGUAUUGAAUCAUAUGAAGAUGUAGCAACUGCUGAUCGUAAAAUCAUGCAAGAACUCGCGAAGGUGGUCAGUAAAGGCUUCGACUCUGACGCCAUGGAGGCUGCGAUGCACAAAAUGGAAUUUAAAUUUCGUGAACAGAGCCCUGAUGAUGUUCCCCUAGGAGUAAAAUAUUUUAGAGAUAUUUUGAGGAACUGGAAUUAUGGUCAAGCACCAUUGGAGCCGCUGAAUUCAGCAACAGAGUUCCUCAACCUGAAAGCGGAGAUCCAAAAUGAAGGCCAAGAAUUUCUCUUGACACUCAUGACCCAACGAAUGAUGGAUAACAAACAUACUGUAUCACUAAGCCUCCAUCCAGACACCAACUAUGCCAUUCAAUACGAAAGAGUAAGUUGGAAAUUGAGUUUGAAAUAAUACAAUCUGAUAUUCGCAGCUGCGCUUUCGCUUACAUCUUUCACUUGCAUUAUUUCCCUCUUUUUUACCAUUAUUUUUUCCUUAUAAGCUGGAACAAAAUUGGUUGGAUAACUUGGACACCUAUCUUAACAAGGAAGAGGGAUUGAAAGUUAUGUCGGAAACUCAAAAAUUCAAGGAGAUGCAAGAGAACGGCGAUUCGGAAGAAGAAUUAGCGAAGAUUCCUCGUCUUGAAGUCUCUGAGCUCAACCAGACCAUGUACAUUCCUCCGUCCGAUCUCAUUAAGAAUCUGUAUGAAACGGAUGUUACUGCGAUCAAGCACAAACUACCUUUCACUAACGGUAUUGCUUACGUGGACUUCUCCAUUGACAUGUCAAAUAUGGAUUUUGAUGAUGUCGUUCUCAUCCCUCUGUUUUGCCAAUUGCUUCUAGAAGGAGGGACGGAAGUCCACGACGAUGUUGAGAUGCAACGGCAAAUUGAUAAAUACACGGGGGGUGUAACCAUUACCCCCAUAAUCGAAGAAAUCGUUCAGACGGACGAUCACGAUUAUUAUUUGGUUCCAGAUGGGAAACAUUUUGUUACGAAAUUGAUCAUCAGUGGAUCUUGUAUUGCGUCCGAUACAUGCCUACCGAUGUUAAUCCUAUUUCGCCAAUUUGUCUGGGAUUCCAAUGUUCGCAACAAGGAGAAAGCUAUUGAAAUUUUGGAGGCAAGAAUUAACGAAAUGGAACAAGAUGUUCAAAUCAACGGACACAAAUAUACGACCAGUCGUGUUGAGUCUCGGUACAGCCUUUCUGGGUUCGUACGAGAACAAUGGUAUGGUAUUACACAAUUAAUGCAAAUGAGAAGAGCGCUUGCACAGAUCAAAGACAACUUUACUGAACUUGGUCUGCGUCUUGUCAAGAUGCAGGAUGAACUUAAGCGAGGGCAUCACAACGGAAUGCACAUGUCAAUCACUGGAGACCACGAAGCACUGACUGAUAUCAAAGGUCCAUUGAGUAACUUCAUGAAAAACGGUCUCCCGCUUGCCACACAAAAAACACCUUUUCCGAAUUUUGCCGAAGAAGAGCACCCGUGGGUCCCCAAGGGCAUGCAUAGAGUCAAAGAAGAGUUUUCAUCCGAAACUUCCAACCAAGCCUUCACUGUGCCUACUCGAGUUAACCAUGUUGCUAAGGGCGGAAUUCUGUACGAUGUUGGUGAACGCAUUCCAGGAGCCGACAUGGUUGUUACUCAGUAUCUUGGUGGUUAUUACCUAUUCAACGAGCUUCGCUUCGGUCAAGGAGCUCAAGAGGCGUGGUCUUUCUUAGACCUUGAUUCAGGCGUAUGUAUAUACCAAAGUGAUCGCGACCCUGGUAUUUUUAGUACCCUUGAGACCUACGAACAUGGGGCAACUUGGCUUUGGGAACAGGUUCACAACGGAGAACUUCCUUUGGAAGCAAAGAGUGCCAUAGUUGGUGCCAUUGGCCGUAUGGAUGCCAAAAUAAUGACCGAACCCAAAAAGUUGGGGAGACAAGCGCUAAUUAGUCAUUUGAAAGAAGACAGACAUGAGUUUAGACAACACUGGCGUAAUCAGAUCCUUAAUGCCAAUGCUGAUGAUUUUAUGGCAAUGGUCGAGCGUCUUGGAUCUUGGGGACAUCCAUCGGUGUGCGUCGUGACAAGUCCUGAGGUUUACGAUACAAUUGAUCAAGAGGACUUCGCAAUUUCGAAGUGCGAUUACUCUGGCUACCAGUGCUAAAAGAAAGACUUCUACCAAAAGAAUGUCGUAUCGUCGUUCCAACAACUACAGGGGUUUGAACCAGUGAUUCAUUGUAUAAGUAGUUGUAUUUUUUACUAGGAAAUGCCUAAAUUGUCUUUGAGUGAUGGCGAAACKACUUUCAUGCUUUCUUCCAUUUGUUCAUAUAAMUUCUUGACAUAGUGGGACUUUUUUUACCACAAAGUAUCUUCACUUGUGUUGAGAUUCAUUUCUUUUGUACCUAGUUUUGAAGCACUGUAUUGGCGAUCACUAGAACAAUUCAUACAGAUAUGCCAAUAAUGUGGAUCUGAUUCAAUUCAUACGUGGUUAUUCCUGUACAGAAACAUCAACAUUGCUGGCCUUUUCUUUGCAUUAGAAUCCAUUCCACAAUCGUUUUCAUUGCUUCAUCGUCUUCGGUUUCCUGAGGGAAACCGUGGCCACCAGYGUGGUAACAUGAUGAUACCCCGAAACCCCCCUUUUGGAGAAGAUCGCGAAGUUUCUCACCUGUAGCAUUUGGUGCGAUCUGGUCUUUUCUACCAAGCAAAAACAGAAUAUUUGGAUUAGAUCCUUUCCCACCAUCGACAUCUGAUUGUUGCAAUGAUUCCAAUUGCUUUGCAUACGGAUUAGGGAAGGAUACGCCAUUCAUGAUGUAGCCUCCAGGUGGAUGAUAGGGGGCCCGUUUCAAUGCUAAUAAUGCCCCGACAAGAAUAGCACCUUGUGAAUGGCCAAUCACGAGAUCGAAAUCCCCGUUUUCCCAAACUUUCAGGACCUUUGCCGAAGAUUCUUCGAAUCCUGUGUAUUCCUUGGCGUUGAAACUACGAACACCUGGUGGCAUGGUCCACCACGAAAAACCAUCGUUUUUAACAAAGGGCGCUYGGACGGCUGUGAUUUCUAGUUGGAGUUGUUCGUCGACAUUGCUGUUAAUCAUACUGUCAUGGAAUGCCAGUGCUUUGUUUAGUGCAGUCAAUCGUUUCGGAAAUUCCUCCGCAGUUCCUCCACUUCCAUGAAGAGCAAGCACCUUAAGUGGUUUGAUGAUAGAAGACUGUGUCUCCUCCAUCUGAGAACACGGCAACGAGGAAGUAGACGAGAGUCUCCUCUGACCAAAAGGCUUGAUAAUGGAGUCUUUAUUGACUGC